CCCCGCCCACUUCUCUUCUCCGCUGCGGAGGCGACAGAACUGGGCGAGAAGUUGGUGGUUCUUUAAGAUUGAAGAGAUUUUUAAAGGAUUAAGGCAGAAGAAGGGCAAAAAUCAGACUCUGAGCUACUGUUUGCCCCAGCUCAGAAAUGGCUUCUGUUCCAGUGUACUGCUUGUGCCAGUUACCUUAUGAUAUAACCCGUUUCAUGAUUGAAUGUGACCUGUGUGAGCAAUGGUUUCAUGGAAGUUGUGUUGGUGUAGAAGAGGACAAAGCAGAAGACAUCGAUCUCUACCACUGCCCCAACUGUGAAAUCCUACAUGGGCCUUCUGUUAUGAAAAACUACCAAAGGGUGCCAACGGUGCAGGAGCUGAUUGUGAACAAAGAAGUGGCGAAGAUGGAACAGACUGGGAGCCCUAUCCAGGAACUUCAGCCAAAGACCUUUCACAGCAACAAGAAAGUGAAUGAUUUUACCACGUCUAGGAAAUCCAAGGCCAAAUUGAAGGCACUUACCAAGGCUCAGCCUAAGCUAACAACUAAUGAGAAAUUUGACCUGGACUCUGAGGAAGAGCUGAAGAUUAAAGAAACGCUUCAAAAGGAGAAGAACCUAACAUCAAAGAAAAAGUUACCAAAAUUUCGCCAGAAGGUGCUCCGAGCCAUUCCUUGUUCUGACCCCAACAGAAUCCUAGAACCAGGAGAGGUGGAUUUUGAUGUUGAGGAAAAUUAUAUAAAAGAGGAGAACAUAGAGGACGGGUUGGAAGCCAAGGUAGAAUCCACUAGUGGAGCUUGUGGGAUUCUUGAUCUACUUAAAGCCAGUAGACUUAUUGGAGGACCUGACUAUGUGGGUCGCAGUAAAGCUCCUGUAUCCCCUGGGACACUGGAGGCAAUUCAGGGGAUGCUGUGUAUGGCCAACCUGCAACCUGUGUCAUCCUUGCCCCCGGCUUCCAGCUUUCAGGCCUGGUGGGCCCCAGAGGAAUACAGUGGCAGUAGUGAUUCCACUAGUGAAAAGGGUGGUGACCCUCCUGUGAGCCAGGAGGCGAUGAAGAAGCAGGCUGUCAAGCAGCUGGCCACCCACAGUAAAAAGAGUGAAAAGGAAGAGGUCAACACACAUAAGCCAGAGAACCUGGGAAACAGCUUCAAAGAUGAGUAUAUCCACCUGGAGUCAGAUGGGGAUGACUCUGUUUCAAAAUUAAGACCGAAGAAGAAGAAGAGUGCAGGUGAUGUUCCAUGGAUUAGUAAAGCGCGAGUGGUCCCAAGCCUCCCCAAGAGAGACCGGACAGUUAAGGAAGGAACCGUGGUAUCCUCCAUGGAGACAAGAUUGACUGGGACAGUAGAAAAGUUAGCACAACAGGAACCUUUUUGGGCCAGCCUAUCUGAUCACAAAUACAGUGCUCAGCCCAAGAUGUUUGGGAUUGCUCAGGUGAAACAGAGCUUCACACCAGAGGUCCCUGGUGUCUUCUUGCCCCAAGAGCGCCCAUCAGUCAGCUCCCAUGGGGACCAGAUGACACAAGGAGAGCGUCCCAAAAAAGGACAGGCUACAGCAAAGCAGCGUCUUGGCCGUAUUUUGAAAAUCCAUAGGAAUGGCAAGCUUGUUCUUUAAAAACUUUUAUGCAGUUCAGGGGCCUACAAAUUGUCCUUCAUGCCUUUUUUAAGGACUUCACAAGUUUCAAAAGACACACACAAUUCUGUAUACAAAGAAAAGAACAAUGUGACUGUAUGUCAAACCAUGAAUCUCUGUUACAUACAGCUUGUUGUUGUUUUUUUUAAAGUUCUGUGUUACAUUUAGCAUUGUAGAAAUCAAACUGUCCUGCUCAUUUACAUGACCUAUUCAGUCUUUCUAAGUUCUCAUCAUUGUAUUUUGAGAAUGUUUCAUAUAUGUGCUUGUUCCUUUCUUUCUCUGCCCCUUCCCUUUCUUUCUUCCUCCCCAUCUUCCCUCUCUUCCUUUCUUCUUCCUUCCUUUGCUUCCUUUUUCCUUUCAUUCCUUCAUCUUUCCUCUGUUUUCCUCAUUCCUCCCUCCCUCCCUUUCUUCUUUUCCAUCCUUCCUUCCCUGCCUCUUUCCUUCUUUCUGUCCCCUUUCUUUUCAUAAUCACUAUCCUCCAGAGUCUUUCCCGUAAUUGUUGCUCUCCAUAAUAAAAAUAAAAUCGUUUCUCUGUGCAACUCAUGCCCCUGAAAGCGUGGUUGUGUAGGAUUCUUCUUUGGGAGAGACUUAUUGCUUAGGAGAGAGCAGAUGUGCUAGACUUCUGGCUUUCAACUUGAAGAGAGAAGACACACAGUUUCAGACUCUCUUUAGGUCUGAAGAGAGAGAGAAGGAUCCUGGGAAGAAGCCGACAUGUAGAGGAGCUGUCACCUCCAACCAUAAAGACUUCAUGGAAUUUCUCCUUGGGUGAUAUCAGACUCACUCUCACUUGAGCUGAGUUGUCUCACAGCCAAUGGGAGAACUCAUCCACUCUACAUUGUCUGCUGUAUUUCCACACGUGUACCCUCUCUGAUUUCUGUUCUGCUAUUCAUUUAGAUAAAUGGUUUAUUCAC